AGGCAGCACUUAAGAAGGAGGACAUCAACAUUCUUAUCCUUGGCGAGACUGGUGUAGGCAAGUCGACUUGGAUUAAUGGCAUUGCCAAUUAUGCGAAGCAUGGCUCCCUCCAAGAUGCCAUGGAUGCUCCUGAGUUCACUGUUUUGAUCCCAUCCAGGUACAAACAGUUUUCGAACCUUUCAUGUUUUUGACAUGUACAUAACGAAUGCUAAGUGCCAUGAAGGGAAUCGUGAUUUUUUUCAUCUUCCACAUGUCUAGUUUUAAAACACACCCGAUAUAUUAAUUUUAAAAAAACCAACUAAAAUCUGUGAAAAAAGAGGAAUGCUUUUUAACACCUCUUUGUGUCACUCUCCAAAUGCAGGAACUAAGAUCUUAAUUAAAAAUACCGCUGAUUAAAACUUAACAAUUGUUGUUGUAUUUAAUACGAAAUUAUUUACACAAGCAUUACUGACGUCCGUACAUAAUGAAAGUGUCAAGAAUACCAAAGAAUCAGACAGAAUUUGCAAAUUAUAAAAAGGUUGGGGCACCCACAUACACAUAAACGAAUACACAUAGACAUUUUCAGAAGUUCUGGUAGGGCAAUUUUGUUGCAUCAUCAUAAAAAGUUGUUAUUAAAUAUAGCAGUUUAAUAAGAUAACGGUAACAUUUUGAAACUUUCUUUAUCUUAGAUUUGUUUUUACAAAUGAAGAAGGUGAAGGGAUUGACAUUGCAUUUGGAACUGAUUCAAAUGAAGUUCUAAGUGGUGGCCAAUCUGCUACCCAGUUCCCCCAAGAGUACAUGAUUGAAACCAACACAACAAGGUUCCACCUUAUUGACACUCCAGGAAUUGGGGACUGCCGGGGUAUUGAAAAAGACAAAGAAAAUUUUGAAAACAUCUUGGCCUUUCUUACCUGUUAUGACAAGAUUAACGCUGUUGUUGUCCUUCUCAAGCCAAACAACGCUAGAUUGACUGUGGCUUUCAAGUUUUGUGUGUUAGAGUUGUUAACACACCUCCACAAAUCUCUGGUGUCCAACAUCAUCAUUGCCUUUACGAAUUCCCGUGGAACCUUCUAUAGACCAGGAGACAGCCUCCCAGUUCUUAAAAACCUGCUCCAGAGUCAUAGUAUUGAAAUCGAUGUAUCUCCAUCAAAUUAUUUUUGCUUUGACAACGAAGCUUUUAGGUAUUAAGAUUAAUAAUAUAUCUCCAACUCAUUAACAAAUCAUGAGUAAAUUUGCCAAACAUAUUGCUUUAUUUUGCUCACAUGAUAAUAUUAUAUACCAGAUGAAGUCCAUUGAUUCAGUCUUAGGACUGGAUUGAAAUUAAUUUAGUCCUUAAACUGGAUCAACAUGAAUUAAGUAGUGAUUUAUUUGUAGGAGAUGUCCUUUUAAAUCCUCCAAUUCGGAGUGGAUUAGAUUUCAAGUCCUCGCAUUUUGAUCCAGUCCUCGGCUUUCCCUCUGACGUGAUCAAAUUGCGCCGACGUGAAAUCUAAUGCAGUCCUCACAGUCGGAUUUGAAAUAUUACAUAGAGCAGGGGAUGGCGUCUGGUGUUCCUUGCACCCUCCAUCAAGCCAUUGUGUUAAAUGUCAUUUUUAUGUUAAAUUUAAAUUUAAUUGCGGAUUCUUAAUGGUAAUAAUUAUAAUUUCUUGGGUUGGAGAUGGAAAGUAUUUAUGUCCCUAUAAAAGCUGAAGGACUUCUCUUUGAGUGCACCAAAUUUGGCAAGAAGACUAAUAAUCCAUACGUUGAUGCUGAUGUUUUUGUUUUAUUAUCACAUUUACAGGUUCCUUGCUUGCCAUAAAAGUGGAAUCAAGUUCACGUUUGAAGAAAUUGACCUCUACUCAAAGAGUUGGAUUAAGUCGUGUGAUACAACUUGCCAAAUGUUUGACCUCAUUAAGAAAAAGAAGCCCCAUGAGACAAAGAAGACCGUGAGUCUAAACGAAGCAAGAAACUGCAUAAUCGCCAUGAGCAAACCAAUGGGUCAAGCUGUUCAAUUGAUUGAGAUGAAUUUGAAAAAGAUUAAAGACGCCAAAGACCAAUGCAAGAUCUAUGAUGCUGACAUCAAGUCCUUCCAAGCCGACCUUAAAUUCAAAGGGUAUGAGUUGUGCGUAAAUCAACUCGACUAUCCCAUGACGGUAUGUGCAGACACACAGUGCAAGAGGUACGUGCGCAUUGGGACGUCAGGAGAACAAAAUACGAUUUAUGAACAGAUCUGCCAUAAUGGCUGUGGUAUUUCAGGAGUUCCGUUAGAGGUUACCAACAACGAACAGCUUCGUGGUUGUGCUGCUAUGGACAAUAAUGGAACUUGCAAGCAUUGUCGACACGAUUACAGAGUUCACAUGCAUAUGACCUACACUGCUUCUGUUGUAGAGAAGGAAUUCUUGUCAGAAGAUGCAAAGGCCAACAUCCAAAAGAAGUCCGACUUAAAGUCUCAGAAAAGGAUCUUCAUGGAGGAAAUGGAGAAAAGCAUCAAGGAGUAUGAAGAUGAAAAGAAAUUCAUUUUUGAAUGUGCUAGCUUCUUCGGUGCUUUUCUCAAGCAAAAUGCCAUGAUCGCUUACAAUGAUUCCUUCAACGAGUACCUCGACAUGCUGAUCAAAGACGAGCAGGCUAAGGAGAAAGAAAUCAGAGACGACCAGAAGAUCGAACAGAUGAAACAAGAUAAGAAAACAUACAACGCAAACAAAGAUAUUAUCUUGGAUAGCAUCGCAACCGAAAACAAAGAUGAAAUUCUUCCUAUAGAAAGGAUUUAUGAAAUGAGGCAGAAGCUUUGCUCCUUGAAACACAAUGGGAAGUCUCUUAAAGAAGCUUUAGGUAUUGUGCGUAUACAUACAAAUAUAAAAAUUUGUUUCAGUCGCAAGUAUAGUAGACGACUAAUCAAGUCUUAUAGAGUUUUCUUUUCAAAAUCGAAUCCAAUCUGUAUCAACUGCGAAGUCACGAAUUGCAUGAAUAUCAUAUAAGUCAUUAAUUUCUAUUAAUUAAUGAAAGUUGUACCAAACAAAUGCCUCUAUUAUGAGGACACGACCUAAAUUGGCACAAAAAACAACGAACCUGUGUUAAACUUCUAUAUUUUGAUAAUUUUUACAAUCUUUUGUGCUUGGAUUGCCCCCGUACAGACAUAACGUUGGUCACUAUACUAACUAUUUAUGGCAAUUGCGGUUCAUAGUUUAUUUGUAAAUUUGACUAGUAGGUUACGAAACAGUCACUCGUUGAUAUUUUUCUGCACAAACAUGCAAUAAUUUCUUAAAUUUGCUACUUAUAAAAAACUAAACUAUGGUCUUUAAGAACCUGAUUUACCAAGUAUUUUUCAUUUUCGUUAUUCAUGUUAAAGUUGAAAUAUACGCACGGGGUAAUAUCAGAAAUUUUGCUGGAAAUUUAUAUACUUAAAAGUACUAAUUUUUCAUAAAAAACAUUAAUUUGCAUAGAUGGCGUCAUCUCAGCAAGGCAAAGAAAACACAAAGUAGAAAGGUAAGACUUGUUCCAAAACAUUCGAAAAGGAUAUAAAUCAAUUCUACCCGGAUCUGCUGUUCGACUAUCGGUGCGAUAGUUUAGUUUCACCUGUUGUCUCGAGCAGUUAUUAGACUGUGUCACAUACGUGGCUGCGUUAAAAUGCUCGAGGCAAGAAACUCGCACCCCGCACUCCGGCCAAAAAAUCGUAGGAAAUAUCUCCAAGAAUGCUACAAGAUCUCAAAGUCGCAAAAAAGGUCCCAUGCAAACCUUACAAAAUUCCCAAAAAUCUCUUCAUAUCAAGAAAAAAUCUUAGUAUAAAUACACAAAACUCUGCGAAAGUCCUUAAAAUUAGCAAAGUUGCCUGAAAAUUCUUAAAAUUUUUAAAAGUCCAUGAGAAAAUUCAUUAACUCUAACGGUGAUACACCUUACCACGAAAGUUACUAUUUUCAGGCUGGUGUGAACGCCUGAGCAAGCGUCUUAUUUAAUUUAGAACAAAAAUUUUUAGAACCACUGAGUAUUUUAAUAAAAUACAAAACAAGUGAAACUCCAAAAAUCGAUAACAUUUUUAUUUAUCUACGUUUCGACUAUAUUUCAGUCAUCAUCAGGAUAAACUAGCUAGGUUAUAUAUCAAAAGCGGUAUUUAUAUGAAGAAAUAUGAUACAAUAGUUCGGUUGAUUAUUAACGAAUUAAUGAAAUAUGAUUAGUUCUUUAGAAGCUUUAAGUCCAUGAUUAAGUUCAGGCUUAUAUCUUUGAAUAGCGAGGGAUUCUUGAUAUAGUAAAAAGGACCAAUGGUUAGAUUUAUCAAUUAUUUUAGUGUUGUUGAAAACAUGUUCAGCCAUUAUACUGGUUUGAUCAGACUUUGCGUUAUCGUCGGGAUAAAGUUCUAAAAGGGCUUUAAUAUAAAGUUUGUUCGUUCACUGCAACCAGGUAUAUCAAUCAUGUUUCGCUCGCUACUCUGGUUUAAAUAAAUGAUUACGAAGCCCAGUCGAAUUGUAAUCAAGACCCAGGCUUUAAUAUGUUGAAACUGUUCACAAGUAGAGAGGUGUUGAUGGAUUACAGAUUCUGUGUGAUGUGAAUGUUCCUUAGUUCUGGUGUAUAAGCAGCGAUCAUUUUUGCCGAUGUACCAACUAUUACAUCCAGGGCAAGUAAAUUCAUAAACUACAGAGCUUUGAUAAGUUUUUGGGGUUUUAUCUUUGCAUGACACAAAUACGUUGCUGUAAUGGUUUUCCAGUUAAUAAUGAAUCGGCAUUUUAAUAUGAGGAGAGGGGUUAUUUUUGCGUAUCAACGAACGAGUUAGUCUUUCACCAAAUUUGCCAAGAUAGGGUAGCUGUAACCAGAUAUUAGGAAUUUUGUUUGAUUCAGUCAUUGUGGCUUCGUUGUCGUUGUCAUUAGAUACUGGUGAUGGUUUAAAUUGGUUAAUAAGAACUAAUAAGAACUAAUCAUAUUUCAUUAAUUCGUUAAUAAUCAACCUAACUAUUGUAUCAUAUUUCUUCAUAUAAAUACCGCUUUCGAUAUAUAACCUAGCUAGUUUAUCAUGAUGAUGACUGAAAUAUAGUCGAAACGUAGAUAAAUAAAAAUGUUAUCGAUUUUUGGAGUUUCACUUGUUUUGUAAUUUAGAACAAGUCAUUUGGAUUUCAUUUUAGUGGAAUUUCAAAGAAUUUAGACAAUAUACCUUGAAGUAUACGACUCCGCAGUAAUCUAAGCAAUAUAUCUUUUAAAAAAUUUUAGUAUUCUAUUACAUGAACCAAACCGUGUUUAGUUUGCUAUUGCUGACAUAUGCACCGAGUAGCUAAUAAACGGCGGUACUGGCUCAUCACUACAUUUUUUAUCACAUAAAAUCAUCACUACAUUUUUUAUCCCACAAAAGGUAAAUACUUCGUGUAAGAAAAAUUAUAGUGUACCCGGGAAAGUAUGGGCAUGCCCAAUCCCACAACCCUUGCGCCACACUGGGAACACCCUACCCACCGGACACCUCUUCCCCAACUCGCGCACGACAACGCACAGCCAUACACAAGUCCUCCGCACAGCCUCCGCACAACUUUCUGCACAGCGCUCCCACAUUCAUGCUUGCUGGAGUCUUCCUGAAGUUUUUACGGAAAUCAUUUUUCACAGAAUCAACAUAUAUCUGGGUAGACAUGUAUGACAAUCAGCCAUGUCCAUUACCAAAGUUUCAGAUUUCACCAAGGAUUCAUUUACUUUCGAGGACGUUACCGGCGGGAGAUCUAAAUGCAAUAGGAUAAGGAUACUAACACAGAAUCGGGGUCCACUCUUAUUAAAGGUUGAUAAUUGUUUUUCUUACGGAGUAAUCGCAGAUCACAGGUUUGGUAAGACUAAGUACUCCGUUCCGAUAGUGCUGGAGGAUAGGGAGUCAUUCUUAUCCGCCUUGGAGCUUGUAGAGUCUGAGGUUGAUAAGUACGCCACGUGAACGAUCCACGAGAAUAAGGACGUGGCGAGAGGCUCAUGUGAUGCCUCUACCCUAAGGACUGGCAUCCGGUAUUGUAUGCAAAGAUUGAUGGUGAUACACUGAUUUACCCUAUCGGAGGCGGUGAACCUGUGGGCCACAAGAGGUACACCGAAGAGGCGUUUUAUCUCGAUGCGGUCGUUAGGAUUGAUGGUGUAUACGUAACCGAGGACGCAGUCUCCAUCCGGGUGACGUUCUAUGAGGCACAGGUGUUGGAGUAUCAUUCCAUGAGACUUAGGGAGAUGCUUUUGUGAAUUUGAUUGGAUUUUAAUACCCUGAUAUAAGGGUGUCGAAAUCUUUAUGUCCUAUAGGAGUGGACCAGUAUAAAUAAAGGUAUGGAUUCUCCUUUUGAAUAUCCACCCUGGGAACCGAGAAAGAGGAGUAAGAACACGGAUUCUUUUGAAAUAGCAUAUAGAGAGUACCUAGAUUCUAUUAGUCAAGAAAAGCAGGAUCCAUCACAAGGGCUGUGCUUUGAAGGACGUAGGCAUCAGUUUAUCAAUAUAAACGAUGAAAGGACGUGUAAUGAGUGUGGAUUUGUAUCUGGUCCGACUCACUAUGUUUCUGAGUAUGGUUCUUGGGAUAGGGCUGCUAUGAAUGGUCCGAACAAGAGUAGCGUUAGUUUUAAGUUCGAUAGUUUUUGUCAGAGGAAGAACAUAACGGCUUGUGGUCUGCUCGGAAGAAGAACACGUGAAGUUCUGGAAAUCAUUGAGGAGGUUUGCGACGCAGAGAAGCUUAGGGGGAAGAGGCUUCCCAAUCUCAAUAUUCUGACUUAUCAGGUAUGUAGGAGGUUGAAUGUGGAGAUAGACGAGUCUUUACUUAAGAUUCCUAACGGGAAGAUUUCCCACGAUCGGUGUAAGAAAAUAUUUCAGACACUAGGUAGAGAUAAUUUUAAUGUUUCCUCAGGCAUUAAAAUUGAAGUAGUAGCCUUGGGAUGAUGAUGACGAAAAGAACCUCAACUGUUAUCGGGAUCAAUAGGCAGCUGGUCAAGCACAACCACAUCAGUUUCCGUGGUAUCUUCACCGUUGUGUUUACCGUAUCUUUUGACCGUUGCGCUGGCAUAUCAGAUCUGGGUAUGUGCGCUCAUUGUGAUGUUUCCUCAUUCAAUAUCGAUACCCAGGUUAAACAUUUUUCUCCUUUUAUGAUUUUUGUUGUGCUUCAUUCUGUUUGCGACUUCUGGUUUUGUGGACAAGCAUUCCAUUUUUAUUUAACCGGAAAAUAAAAUGCCAUUCAGCAUGGUUAUCGUAAGUAUGACAGCCUGUGGGAAGGCGCAUCACCUCAUUCGGGAGCUAAAGACAACGUUUUCCCACCAAUUUGAAAAUAUAUUCCUGAUUUGUCCUACCUAUCACUGGAAUAGGACCUAUGAUCAGGAUUUCAUUCAUGAGGACGACAAUUUCUUUGUUAUUCCCUGCCGGCAGGAUGACGUGGAGGAUUACCUUAAAUUUGUAGUGGACUUCACCAAGGGAAGGGAAUCCCUCAUCAUCUUGGAUAACUGUGCCAGCACUAAGUCUGUAAAGGACCGUACGGGGGAGUUGAUUGAUCUUGGAUUUAGUGCACAACAUAUGAGUAUUUCCACCAUUGGUAUUACCCAACAGCUGACCUCCAUUGCUAAACCGUACAGACAAAAUAUUUCGAAAUUAGUAACAUUCUAUAACCCAAAUAGGCAGGACAUGAAGAUUAUCCUGGAUGAAUACCUUCUUGUUGACAAUGCGGAAAUGAGGUCUAUUAAGGAGAAGCUGAAGGAGAAUCAGUAUGCUCAUCUUGAAGUGAACUUGGUACAUCCGUUUAAUCACGAGGUAAACAUUCCGGUGUUAUAAUAAAAAGGAUGGAACAGGAACCACCGACCGCAGAAAAUACGGAAAUUGAGGACAGUAGAGCAGAGCUUAUCCGUCUGUCUAAUGCAAGGGGAAAUCACCCAGUCCGGAAAAUACUUCAAGAAGGCGUCCGGAAAAGUCAUUAUGAAAGUUCGGAAGGACUAUAUGGUUGCACAAAGGGAAAAGGCAAACGUUGUGCUGACGGAAUUCUUGAUUGAAAAAUUUUCCAACUUUAUGGAAACCAUCAACAUGGUGGAUAGUGGUGAGGAGCUGAGGACGGAGUUGAAUCAGGAUAAACUGUUUAGGAGUGAUGUCAAAAGCGUAGUGGCAAAAUUGUCCCUAUACGUACCUUAUUUAGGGAUUGUUAGUGGUGGGGCAACAACGGUUAACAUGUUUAUCGGAGAGCACCUGAACAACCACCUUCUGAGGAGGAAGGACUGGAGACUAAUGAUCAGGCCUAAAAAUUUCCAAACUCUGUUGAGUAUGGAAAAACUACGAUUCCUAGUUAAUCUAGUACUUUGUCCCAGCUAGUUGACCGUUUUCGAUCCUCAUAACACCAUCGGAAAGGACGAACAUGUAACAUACAACGUUUGCAAUUGUAGCUUUCUUCGUGAUUUCCACCAGUAUUCCGGACUGGGUGUUUUGGAUUUUAGCACCGUUUCCGUAUGUGUUGACGUCGUUUACGGUUCUGAGAUCGAUGACCAAGGCGAACUGUUUGUCUUUGAAGAAGUUGGUUAGUGUCUGGUGGCUGAUAUCGCCAGUACCGAACAGUCGCCUUGCUUCCUCGUAUAGCCUUGUAUUCGGGAUACCUUGGCUAUAGACUGCAUUGGGAACACCUUCCACGGUUACCUUGACCUUUUCGAUAUUAGGGUAUACAUAUUCCUCACUAUCGGUUUUCGUCUUGUUUGUGAAUAACAUAACGAUGGCUUUCAUGCUCCUGCGUGGUAUAUUGAUUGUCUCAUUAAUGAUGGUGGAGUCUUUGUCCUAUUCGGAUUUCUUCAUCAGGGUGGUAUGUUCGAAGGAUAGCUCUCGUUCGGAUCCGUAUAGGUUUUCAGCCUUUCUUGCGAGAUCGAUGUUGUCAAUGGACUCAUAUUCCAGUUCGAUGUUCUCCAGGGUGUAUCCUUCUACGGAUUCUCCUCCUUGUGCACUCAUGAUUUCGUCUGCUACAGGUAGGGUGAUCACAUAUUGUAGGUCGUUUGCCAUGUUGUGUGGGGCGUAAAGCCCGUGGUCUUUAAGGAUUUUGUUGAUCCGGAUCUUCUGUUUUGUCCCGAACACCCCGAGCAGUGCGGUGGCAUCAACAUCAUCGUUUGCGACAUCGUCUUUGGACAUUUUCUUCCUCGUUGCUCCGGUAGCAAUACAGUCCUCCACCAUGUCGUCGCGCUGUUUCCUGUGUAACCAUAGGUCUUUGUAGACUUCCAAUAGGCUUUCUCCACUGUUGUCGUAGACUUUUCCCCGGCGAGGCGGAUUUCUAGUGUUUUCUGGAGCAGUUUUCCUAGGUUGUUUCUGAACCAGGACUUUGUAUUGCUGUUUUUAAGUCGAAAACCAGAGCCAUACUGUCAGGCACGAGAACAGAAUCUCCCUUUAGUUUUGGGAUAUUAACAUAAACUUUCUCCCCCGGUUUUGCAGAGUUUGGGUUAAAGGUCAGAACAUGCCUGGUCCUACUACCAGUAAUUUCCGUCCUAUUCAUACGUCGAAAGUUGGGCAUAAGUUCAGUUGUUCGGUCCAUUAUGUUUUAUUAUAGUAGAAUUUAUUUUUUCCGUCUACUUUGUAAGUACUUGUAUAUAGCUCCGGCAAUUAGGAUUGCUACAAUCCACAGGUUUUUGGCAAGGAAGGCAAGACCUUUAGCUCCCCAGCUUAGGAUCGUACUUAGCAAAUUUAGGAUGGGUACUAGGAUUGGUAGUGCAGAUUUUGCAAGUCCAGCCAAUGCUUUUCCUACGGCUCCUAGUCCUUUGGAUGCUCCAACGAUGGUCUUUUUACCAGCCACCACGACAGUGGUGAUGAUUCCAACGAUAGAAAUAGCAAUGGCGGCUAAUGCACCUAGGUUUUCCUUUGCCCAUUUGGGAAUUUUCCAAAUUUUGUUCGGAUGUCUUCCCUUGCUUUUUCCCUAAACCGUGUUUUCCCUCCUUCGUUUCGGGUUGCCGACCCAUUUCUAAUUUAGCGUUGUCAAUACCCCGGCCGGCAAGAUCUUUACCUUCUUGCAUGACUUGUCGUCUUUCUGGAUCUGUUUCAGUUUCUAGUUUUUCCUCCAGUCUUUUACUUUCUAUUUUUAGGUAUUUAAUAUUUUCUUUGGAGUACCCUUAGCGACGGGUAUUCCCGCAAGAUCCCUGGUUUCCUGUACGGUUAGUUUUCCUCCUCUUGCUUGCAAUCUUAGUACACGUUCUGUAAAGGUAUUACCUGCAGUGGUAUCUUCCUGAUGUAGUUCUUCCCUAGCAUCCUCAAAAAUUUCUUCUGCGUUUGCUCUUGAUGCUUCUCCUACGGUUUCCUCUUCGACUACACUUCUAGCUCUUCUCCUGUGUUCUUCGAGUGCUUUUUCGUAUAGACUAAGGAAUCUUUCUAAUGAUACAGUAUUUUUCUUAUUUUUAGACAUUUUGUAGUUUACCACCCGUAUCAAUGAAUGCAACAUCGACCCCGUUGAAUGUUAGCUUAUGUUUGGUGAUGUCUAAACUGGAGAUAAGUUCGUUAGAGUUUUGUCCGUCGGCCAGAUCUAUUCGGUAUUCAGUUCGGAAAAGCCUUCAGACAUUAUCAAAUUUUCCGUAUGUGUACAGUUUGUCUGUUUGCCGUUCCUUCCAACUGUAGGAGUUGUCCUUAUUCUCCUCACGGUAGCUAUAUAGAGGUUUUUGCAUCGUCUAGUCCGUCGGUAGUUUGGCUGAGGGGACCUGCGAAAUCGUCUUCAUCGACGGGAGUAUCGCUGAUGAUACACCUUCAUCAUCACCCUCAUCACCUCCUUCAGCUCCUUCCGGUUGGUUAAGGUUGUCCUGCUUUAUGGUGUCCAUUUUUAUUUAAGUCUAAAGAUAAUUCUUGUUCGUAAUGCCUUCCCAAAAUGUCCUCCCCAUUCUCUGGAUCCUUAAGGCUUUACAUGUUCGGAUCUCCCUGGAACACCGCUGUAACGACGUAUACUUCGUUGUCAAAAUUGGGUUCGUAUCCCUUUUCAAAGGUUUUAUGUACUCACUUCAGUGCUAUAUACAGGUCAGGGAGUUCGCGCAGAAAUCUCCCGCUAAAAUAUUCGUAAACAGCGCGAAAGUGUGGAUUUAAAAAAUUCUAUUUUUCUGGGAAAAUUUGAUAAAUCAUGCUGUGUUUACGAAGAAUUAGUACACAGAGAAGAACAUUUUGUUCUAAAACCUUUAUUAAACAACCAUCAAAGAUAAUUUGUGGUGGAUUUUUGUUUCAAACCAAUCAUUUGCUUUGGCGCAUGAGAACUAUGAAGCCAAUGCAGGGCAGAAUGAGGGCAGUCCGAUUUUGGUCAUUCAUGGUAUGCUGGGGUGGAAAAAAAACUGGCAUACAUUUUGUAAAUCUUACAGUGAACAUACUGGGAAACAGGUAUGUAUGACACUUCUGGUCUGAUAGAGAAAAUUAUACCCAGUUUCAAUAAAGUUAGUUUCAAACUUGAACAGAGCGGCUCUAUUAAAAGUGAGGGGCACACUUAGCGCCUGCCGAAGGCAGGUGACAUUCUGGGGAGGCUCGGAGUCUAGAGUCUCUGAAAUGCCAUUUCCUGCACUUUAGAAAGAUAUUUAUAACGUGAUCCCCGAUCUUAAAUUUGGGAUUUGAAAAACUGCUUAGUCUGUAUCCAUAAAUCCUUGUCCAAAUUUCGUUCUUUAGCUUAUUUCCUCGUUCACAUCCACCGCCUUCAUCCCUAUUGUACUGUGUGUGGUAUUAUUAUAAGAUCUGACAAGGUUAGGUAGAACGUCCACCCAAACUUUCGUCCUGUUUUCCGUAAAGUAUUUCCACAUCCUUGUUUUUAGGGUUCUAUUGAAUCUCUCGACAAGUGCGGCUUUCCGGAAGGUUCUUGUGGAAAAGUAGUGGACAUCAUGAUCCUUCAGCAACGUUUUUACUCCUACAUUAUAAAAUUCCUUUCCAUCGUCGUAUUGUGACGUUUUAGGAUACCUACCGAACCUCUCCUUAAAUUGCAUGAGAAUAUUUUCAACAGCCUUUGUCAUGCUUUCAGUAUUUUUCAUCCAUACGGGAACGGCAAAGGCGUACCGACUCAGAACCUCUAUGACAGUUAGGAUCCAACGGUUUCCCUUAUUCUUACGGCUGAAUUUACUCAUAUCCACAAGAUCCAUUUGGAUCUGUUGUGCAAGCCCGUCCACAUAGGUUCUUUGGGUUUUGUAAUGUUUUCGGGAUGGUUUGUGAAUGAUGUAGGUAUUUUGUGUUUGUAACCAUUCCUUAACAUUCUUCCGACUAACUCCCUUUAUACCUUCCUCCUUUGCACUUUGGUAUAAUUUUUCCAUCGACAUGUACCCCAAUUUUGCCAUCGACAUGUACCCGCAGCGACAUCCAGUGUCAGACUCAUUUUAUUACCUGUAAAUAAAACAUGAAGAAGAUAACGGUCUACACUGAGGGUGGAGGGGUUACCCUGGAUUUACAGGAUCCACUGAUCCUUUCCCAUGGAUCUGAACUUUACGUGAAGACUGCCGCUGUGUUUUGGAAUUAUAAGAACAUCCGCAAGGGUUACAAUGACUACAUCUCCGUGGAUGGUAAGAAGGUUACGAUAGAUGAAGGGUACUGGACGUUUAAACAGCUUAGGAAAGAGUUGGAGGAAAUGGGUAGAGGGGUGGGGGCACAGGCCAAAACCCGAUGGAGUAUUACGGGUCAGAGUGCAAAGAGCCUGCAGACACAGGAGGUUUUUCGAAAAGUAGCAAGGGAUACAGUUGUUCAGGAUGAUGUGACAGUUUACCAUCUCCAACAUGAGAACAGCUAUCGCAAGCACGCAUGUUGUCCUAAAUUUCGCUAUCAUGCCGGGUCUAAUCCUAAUUCCCUCAGACUUAAGGAUUUUAACAAAACCUAUUCCAGGAUUUAGCAAUGUUCUAACGGUAGCUAAGAAUGGGAUGAUGUUUGGGAAAAACGAGAAGGUAAAUUAUACUAGUAAUCCUGUUCCUACCCCCACGAAUAAUAUAGACGAAAGCCAUGACAUUACACCAGCCCCAACCGUGGAGGACUUUAAACCCCCAGAACUAAGGCAGAAGUCUGAUACUCAAAAUAUUGCUCUUGGCACAGCGGCAGUCGCAUCCUUCGGGCUUGCAUACCUGGUAUUCCGGCGUUAAAUAAAAAUGAGCUUCUUAUUCGGGUAUGAUUACUUUGGUACAACAACGGAAGACCUGAACACCUUGAAACAGAAGUUGACAACAGUCGAAAAGGCACAGCAGGGGAACACGGCAGAAGCUGCUAAACAUGCGAACGACAUCGUAAGGUUGAAUAGCCUUGGAAAAAAUUCAGUACAGUACGACUUUACCCAGAUACCCAGAUAUUCACCCCGAUUGCUGCAAACUCCCAUCAUUUCCGAUGUGGACAGGAAGAACGCAAGGUUCAUCGGGUUUAGUGUCAGUGAUGGAAAAAAUACGGCAACAUAUCCUCCACCCUGUACGGAUUUCGCGACGAUGCUAUGGGAAUGGUCAUUAUAUUUACGCGCGAUCAGAGCAGCAGAAUAUCAGGUUUCGUUCACAUUCUUUAUCGUCCUGAAUUCAGGAAAUAUAAAUGUACAAAUUUUUGGCUUGGAAUCCAAGGACGUAGACUCUGCUGGAAAUGUAACCAUCAGAACAAGGACUACAAACGUAAAUUGCUUCCUCUUGACAACAUAAGAUUUUCUUAAAUCUUUCUGUAAGAUUUAAAAUAUUCGUGUUAAUCCAUAGUCACCACCAACACCCAGGAUACCCCAGGAUACCCAUUGUCAACACUGCAUAUUUUUUCAUUUCGUCUGACGGUUGAUAGUAAUCCUCCAAUUUUGGUCUGCGUUGGGAUGCUGUACUAUCCAUAAGCCUCGUAUAAUCCAUCAGGUCUUCCGAUGCCCUGUUUGUUUCCUCAAUAUCCUUGUUAGCAUCCAAGAUCUCGGCCCGAUGUCUUGCCUCGUCAUUCCUACGCUUCACCUCGGAUUCAUAAAACUUCUCCUUAGCUUUCGCAAGCUUCUCCAAGGCUUGGUUAUGUCUUUUCACCUCUUCUUUUUAUCCCCAGCAAAAGCCACAGCAUUAAAGAGUCCUCCAACCACAACAGAUGUCAUUCUUUAUUUGUCAAUUACUUUUGGGAUAUACCCUUUAUCCUUCAGGUACCCAAUGGCAAAUGCACUUCCUGCCACAGCAACAGCAAGCUUUGCCGCUCCUUCCAUAGUCAUCGGUGCACCAGGGCUUUUUCCAGCAACCGUUUUGGCAAGGUAGGAUACCCCAACAAUUCCGGUUGUUAAUAGCGCAGCAUCGUACAGUUCGUUGAUGACUUCCUUCUUCGUGUCGGUCAUUAUGUUUUUAUUAUAGUAAAACUAUUUCUCCUUUAGCUUCUUUUCCAGGAUUAGAGAGAAUCUCCUGUCUUCACUCGCCUUGCGUUCGGUUUCAAUCUUCUUGCGUUUGGCUUUUUCGGUUGUUACGACGAAGGUCAGUAUAUCCCAACCUCGUUCCCAGGGUCUUUAGGAAAGACCCUGGUAUCGGCUGGUCACGUGCCUCGUCCAAAAUAGAUUGCCCGAGGGGGGUUUGGUGAAAGUAUCAAAUUACAAACAGUUAAAAACAUACAUUUUGCGAACUAUUAUACCAGUAAGUUCAAAAUACUUGCUAAUUUUUGUUUAUUUUAUUUGCUUUGAAUUUACAAGAACAUUCUUACAUUUUUACCAACAGUCAAGUCAAGAAACCAAGCAAAUCGUUACUCGCAGUGUUCUCUCGUGUUAUUAUUAUUCAAUGCUCUCUUCACACUCGAGCGCGGUUUUAUAACAAACGUUUAUGGGCUUUUCAGUAGUCACCAUUUCUACAUAUGUUAUGUUUUUAAAACACGCAUUAGAUUUGUCCUUUUUUGUAAACGUUGCUAUGCUUUGCACGUCUUGUUUAUAAGAUUUUUAAAAGAAACAGUAUUGUAUUGUAUUGUAUUGUCUUGGACUAGAGAGAGCCCAAUAUCAGCAAAUGUAAACAUUUGAUACUAGCCAAACAGAGAAAUGUCUGUCAGUGAUUUAUCUUUAAAAUUUUGGAUUUAGUACAUAAUUCGUAUUCAUUAAUUAUAGUAAGGCUUUAGCCUUUUUCUUGGUCAGAUAUUAUUUUCCUACUAUGCACGCAACUAGGCUAUAAAUUAUCUACAUCACAAAUUUACAGUGUCAGUACAGUGUCAGACGCGCAGACUGCCAUACGAAUACACAUAAAUUUUCGAGUUUUCUACUUCUACUAAGGAAGGCUACUAACAGUUUUCAUUGUGUCUCAAUCUGUUUAUUUCUAGUUCAAUAAGUUCAUUUAUAUUUCUAUAUUUAUUUGAUAGUGGCAUAUAUAGUGAUACAUGUAGGGUAUUUACACACAAGCAAUCCUAGAUAUGAUAGAGACGAUACAAAGUGUCCAUUAAAAAAUAACGGUAUUCUAUUUCACAAAGCAAAAAAUUAAAUCUCACUUGUUUUAUUAAGAAUAUAUAUAAAGCAGAGAAUUAAAGCUUGUGUAAAAACGAAAGCUGUUUAUAAAAUUUAUAAAUGUGGUAUAAACACAAUAGUAAACAGUAAGACAAAUAUAUUGUCGUUUGACUUAUCUUUGAUGUAUGAUUUUACUGUAAUACCGUAGAUUUUCAACAGACAGCUAGACUUUGACAUAUAUACCAUGAUCGUUGAGAUCUUGCAGGAAAUUUUAUAGUCUUUUGACGGGAUUUAAGUUUGGUGAUAAGGCCUUUAUAAUCAACAAUCUCGAUACAGUUGGCGUCUUGGCCGUUUGGCGAUAUUUCGGAAAUCAAAAGAUCUCGCUAUUUCGUUCCAAUUCCACAUCUCAUCAAUAAAUAUAUUCUUUUGGUUCGAGUAUCAGGAUAUACUUUAAUACUAACAGUGAAAUAAAUAUAAACCACAUUGGUCGGUCUAGAGAUACGAAUUUUCUUGUAGGCUUUAAAUUAAUAUUGCCACGCCGCCCAGGCGUGCUUUCUUUGCCAAGUCUAUAAGUUGAAAUCUGAUCCAACUUGCUUGAAUUGUAACUCGACAGUUUAAUUGCAGUUCUCUUCACGAUUUCUUGUUGCAAAUUUAAAUUUCAUCACACAAAAUUGCAAAUAUUGUUACAAGCGCGACAAACACGCUCCUCUCCCACCCUGCCCAUAGUAUCAUUUUAAUUUAUCACCCAGAAUCUGGGUGACACGUGACCAGCCGAAACCAGGGUCUUUCCUUCGCCUCGCGCCGUUCUAAGAAAGACCCUGGGAACGAGGUUGAGAAAGGCUUUUACAAAAUUGUACAUCCCAAAAGUCAUGGAUUAUUUUGUCCUGUAAGUGUGCAUGUAGUGUAUUAUUAAUUAGAGUCCAGAGGAACAGGUGUAUUUCACUAUAAGCACUAUCGUGCAACAGAUGAUGGUCAACCUGCAUUAUCAACCUGCAAUUUUCUAGCGCAUAAACAUCCAAGCCUUAAUAGUAUAAAUAAAGUAAAAUAGUUGAAUGCUUCUCGACGUUUCGAGCGAAACUAAAGGCCAUUAUGUUGUAGCCAUAGUCAGCUAGAUCAAUAAAAAAUGCCUUGUACAAUGCCCUGGCAGCCCAGAAAGUAUUUGCUUAUUAACAAACCAAAUUUGUCGAAUAAUUAUACCGCAAAUAUAUAAAAUAGAAUAAUCCCCAGCAAAAUGAUUGCCUAAAACCCGGGCUUUUCCAAUCCGCGUGUACAUUUUUACAUGACGCACGGCAAAACGGUGUUACGACGCUUUAAAGACAGACGCGUCGCUGGCUCAUUUACAGAUUUUUUUGUAAAAAAGCACUCAACUUUAAGACCAAAGUGGCGGAGUUUUUUUUAACAUUUUAAAGAAAGAUCUACGACAAGAAUUAGCGCAAUAAUAAAAAGAUUUUUAACCCGAGUGUACUUUUUGAGAAUGUCAUAUAUAAAGCGAGAAAUGAUAAAUUUAAGGGGGUAAACCCAUGUUUUUUGAUUGCGCGUUUGUAUUACGCGAUGCCAGCUUGACCUAAUACAUCUGACCUAAUGGCAUUACAUGUUUUGCUAUGCGAUUUCUCGACAACGAAAAAACCCCGGGAAAAAACAGAAAAUUAGGGAUUUAAGACACUUGGCCCUACAGGCUAGUGUAAUGAAAUAAAACUAUGGUUGUACUGCAAUUAAAAGUUUCAAAUAUAGGUUCAGUCAAAUGCAGGGAUUGAAUUCUUCAUGUGGAAUACUUGUUGAAGUAUACGAUCCCAUUGGGGCAGGAGGGUCGCUAACUUCAAUUUAUAAGAUUAAUGCAAUAAAAUCUAAACUUACAGUAUGCCUUUCCAACACCGUUCUUGCUGCCAUGCUAGUGCCUGUAAAGUACGUCACUUUAAACUCAUCGGAAUCUCUUUCAAUUUAGAAAGAAGUGCGUACGUGCCACGAGUGAAAGAUCCUGGAAUGUCCGUGCCAUUUGGUCUAGGUGGAAUCCCUUUAGUGGAAGAAAGAAUGUCAAAAGCACGUACAGCAUUUCCAGCUUCUAGAGCAACACAUGUUACAAAAUUAAAUAUGAUUUACAUUAUAAUUUUUUGAUUCAGAAAAAUAGUUCUUUGGCUUUGCAUCUAUCUAGUCGCAAUUUAAAUAAAAUAUGGUAAAUUUACUCGAUUGAGUUUUGGUAAUUUGAUUUGGUAAUUAUGCGUAAUGAUCACAUGUUGCGCAAUCAGCCGUGCAGAAUUUUCAGCAAUUACUUUUUAAAUUGUAGUUACGGCUUACAUUAAUUAACUUCUAGAAAUAUUUAUGCAAUGACCUCUUGCCUUAUGCAAUUUCCCUUCUUGUAUGGUUGCAUAUUCUUCUAUAUUACACUCCCUAUGUUGCGCAACAUGCGCAAUAUAUAAUUUAAUUUAUAAGUUCCACCCCUUGUCAGGGACCUUAUCCCACACAGCGACCCCUCUGAUGCAUUUAAGGCAAAUUCUAACUGUAAGGAGGCAAAAUACUUUACAUCAAUAAUUAGACAUACUCGUUACUCAGCCCAAAUGUCAAGUUUAAUUACUUCCAGUAAUAAAGUGAUAAAAUGUCAUAGUACCCACCCAAGCCUAGUUUCUAUUUUGAUGUUACUGUCCUAAACUUGUCAAGGUAGGAAAUAUGAUAGAGUGUUGAUAUUUUGAGGGAGAGGGUAUUAAUUCCCUCCGGCUGUUUACACCAGAGGAAAGGAAUGCUAAAGGCUGAUUUCCACUGUUUCGUUUUUCGUACGCACGUACACGCACG